UCCGAAUUCUCAUCCAUCGAAUUAGAGCUAUGCUUUCCCCAACUGACCAGCCAAAUGCCAUCUGAUGAAGUAAACUUGAACUUAAGUUCCGACUCGCUGAAAUCUCCCGACAAAGUAAUAAAAUUGGAUUGGAAAACUGACACAAAUUUCAAAUCAUCACCAACUUAAAAAAAGCCCCAUAAAAAUGUACGGCUUAAUAUUAUUUUGAAAAUUUCAUUAAUUAAGUCUCCUACCAAAAUAAUUAUAUAGGCGAAUUCCUUGUACACAAAAGUGGCUGCCUGCAAACUCAAUGUUAAUGCAUGUGAGAGUGUGAGACGCAGCAAAAUGACAGCAAGCGAAGUCAAGUUGACAAAAAGAAGAUGGUUAAAAUAAAAAUUACAAGUUAAAAAGAUAAUGACGAUAGUUUAAUUAACUAAUUGGACCGUACUCAAGUGGGUGAAGAGCUUGUUAGUUGGAAAGUUUGUGGGGAUGGAUACAAAACUUGAUUGAACCCGGCCGGAAAUAAACAAAAUUUUUAAAUAAUUGGAGGAAUCUCUAAAUAUCAAAACAUUGCGGAAGUGAAUCUUAAUUAGUGAAUCGAACAUUUUGCCUAAUAACGGACAAAGCAAAGUUCUUACUCAGCAAUACGUAUCACAAUUUUUAAAUAUUAUUUACGGGCGAUGACGACAACGACGGAUAAAUUUCAAAAUGUCGCUGUCACCAUCAUCAGUUCCAGAGAGUAAAAAGAGUUACGUCAAGUCAUACGUUUACGGCUUCAAAAUGAAUGACAUGGAUGCGGUCAAUUCGUUCAAUGCAGAGCUGCAAAGCCUGUACGAUGCGAAACCACCGAUAUCCAAAGGAAAGAUGACCGCAGUGACAAGGGCAGCACUGAAAGGCGUAAAAUUGUACAAACAUGUGGUUCAAAGCGUCGAAAAGUUUAUACAAAAGUGUAAAUCAGAGUAUAAAAUUCCUGGACUAUACGUUAUCGACUCAAUAAUACGACAGUCGCGUCAUCAGUUUGGAUCUGAAAAGGAUGUAUUUGCGCCUAGAUUUGCGAGAAAUAUCCAGACGACUUUUAUGCAUUUGUACAAAUGUCCAGAAGAAGAAAAGGCAAAAAUCAUCCGUGUCCUCAACCUGUGGCAAAAGAACAAAAUCUUCUCACCAGAAGUGAUUCAACCACUUUUCGACUUGGCGGAUCCAAAUAAUCCGAUUUGGGAGCAAUUACAACAAGAACAGCAGCAUAUUGCUGCAUCCAGUAACAGACCUAGCGGCCCUGCUGCGGCAGCGAUAUCCUCGCUCCUAAGCAACUUACCUUCCGUCCCCUUCAGGAAGGAAGUGCUCGACUAUGACUACGGCGAUGACGACGAUGGGGAUGGCGGACCCUCGAACAAAAACCAAGAUCACAGCCAGCAAAAUAAUGUUGGGCUGGAUGCUCUCGGCAGUAUUUUAGCUAACCCAGAAAUUUUAAGGCAGCUUGCAACUCUGCAGGAACAGAUUGCAGCUGCAACCUCUCACACUGGUGGCGGAGGGGGUUACCUAACUCCAGAACAGGAACGACAACGAAAAUUAGCCGAACUUAAUAAGCAGGAGGCAGCCUUUGAUCAACGAUUAGCGUCUGCUGUCGCUCGUCUUCCCUUUGCUGUUGACUAUGAUGGAUCUGAGGAUGGUGGAGGUCGUUCGAGAAAAGACAUUGAUCAAAACUCUAAUCAAUUAGGAAAUAGUCAAGGCCAUCAAUCCAACCAGCUAUUACCUCCUCCAUUUUUUCAAACAAUUGCUGAACAACAGCAGCAAUAUCACGGACAGGAGGCUCAACAACAGCAACAGCAGCAACAACAACAGCAGCAGCAACAAGCCCAACAAUUGUUAAGUCUUCUUGGACAACGGCAAGAUGGUCACAAUCCAUUUGGAAUUCAGAUGCCUUUCAAUGUUCCUAGUGUUCAUUUUCCUCCACCCGAUGUAUCUCAUGCUACCAAUAUGUUUAAUAAUAACCAACAACAUGGAGGAGAUGAGAAUCAAUCUUAUAAUGCGUUCAACCAUAAUCAAGGGGUUGAAGAAAUUGAUUUAACGGAUGAACCAAACAAAAACAAAGAUCGAAGAGAUCGAAGACGCAAGAGGUCUCGCGAUCGUAGAUCAAGUAGAUCUCGCUCAAGAUCUAGAAGGUCGAGAUCAAGAAGCCGUGGACGAGACGGAGGUGGAGGUCGAGAUAGAAAACGGUACAGAUCAAGAUCCAGAGAUCGGAAGGAAGAUAAAGAACGUGAACGCGAAAAAGAAAAGGAACGUGUGAGGAAGGGUUUCCCACCCAUUAAAAAAGAACACCUUUCAGUCUGUUCAACCACAUUGUGGGUUGGACAUUUAUCCAAAUUAGUUUCACAAGAAGAUUUGUCCGAUCAAUUCGGCGCAUAUGGGGAUAUUGUUAGUAUAGACCUUAUUCCACCUCGAGGAUGUGCAUUUAUUGUAAUGAAUAGGAGACAAGAUUCUUUAAGAGCUCUUGACCGUCUUAAGAAUACCAAAUUGCAAGGGAAAACUAUAACAGUCGCCUGGGCCCCAGGAAAAGGAAUGAAAGGUCGUGAAUGGAAAGACUAUUGGGAAAUUGAUUCUGGAGUAUCUUACAUUCCUUGGGGGAAACUUCGUGUUGAAACGAAUCUGGAAGAAUUUGAAGACGGAGGUUGUGUGGACGAAGACACGUUGCCUGAUCACCUGAAACAGAAACUAAAGUCGGGUGACAAAGAGGUCGGUGGACAGCAGAACAUGAUAGAGUCGGAAAAUAGUCAAGAGAAUACUCUUCCAAGUGGAAAUCCCCCUUCUGAAAGUGCUCCCAAGCAGCCUGCCGACCCAGAAAUUAAUAGAAAUAACGACCUCGCAGCCGCCGCCGCCGUAGCUAUGACUCAAGGACAAGGUCCUCCUCCAGGGAUCCAAGGAAUGCAAGGGAUGCAAAACGCAUUUGGAAUGCCUCCUGUUGGGAUGAUGUCAAUGGGAAUACCUGUGGGAAUGGUGCCUCCCCCGAUGAUGGGACCUGGAAUGCCACCAUUCGGUGGAAUGGGUAUGCCUAUGGGAAUGAUGACUGGGAUGAUGCCUCCUGGAAUGGGAAUGGGAGGACCUGGGAUGGGUCCAAGUCUGCUUGGCGAUAUUCCAGCCGGUCCGAUGGGGAACUUGCCUCCCAUGAAUAGCAUGCCGCCACAACAAACCCAAUCAAUCAUGGAUCAACACCAGUCUAUGAAAGAUGAGGAUGACUCUAGAAAAAUGGAAAGAAAGGAUGGAAAGAGACGAAGCAGAUUUACUGAUACUAAUGAAAGUUUGCACAACCCAAUGGAUGACACCAGAGCAUCUCCAUCUUCCCAAGAAGGCAUGCUAGUAAAGGACGAACGCCCAGUGUUUGAAAGACUAAAGAGUCUUGCGGAAGGUUAUGGAUUUAAUAAUGACAAGGCUGGUCCAUCUUUGCUGGGAAAUCCUGGAGCAAUGUUGGGUGGGCCCAGAGGACCUGUUGACCGAAUGCAGCCUGGAGGUCCCCCAAGAGGAUUUCCUCAACAGUCUCUUCUUUCUCUUGGUCCUGGAGGAAAUCAAUUCCCUCGUCCUGGUUUCAUGGGAGUAGACGGUCCUCCUCCUUCUGCCCAAAUGACCGGACCAAGGUCUUGGUUUGACGCUCCGAAUCCUUUCCUCAACCCGAAUCCAUUUGCUGGAAAUCCCUUUGUUCAGAGCAGCUUAUCUGAAAAUCCAUUCGACAUUGGAGUACCACCUCCAUCGUCUGAUGGGCCUCCACCACUAUUUGGGCAACCUAGAGCCUUAGGAGGGGGACAACCGGAUCGAAACUUGUUUGAAACCACUUGGGGAAGUGGAGAUGAUAAUAAUCGAGGAGGUGGAGGAAGGCCUAAUGCCGGCGGUGGUGGUGACGGGUUUAUGCGCGGUGGAGGAGCAAACUCGAGAGGAAGGGGAGGAAGGGAUAACAAUGAUAAAGGGGGUUGGUGGAAUAGAAAUGCGAAUGAAGGGUGGGAUGGCGGCGACGAACCCACCAUGAGCGGUGGAUGGGGACGAGGAGGAAGAAAACCAUGGGAUGGUGGUGAUCGUGAUGACGUUAGUGGAGGUCCUCCCUUUGGUCGUGGUAGUGGUGGUCGCAAUUCUACCGGAUCUGAGGAAGGUCGUGACCGUGACCGAGGAAGGGAUCGAGAUCGUGGUGGUCGGAGAGAGGAGCGAGACCGGAGCUAUAACAGGGACAGAAAAGAUAGCAGAAAUCGUAGCCGUGAACGAGACAGCCGACGUCAACCUCAUAGUCGUGACGAAGAAUCUCGACCUCGUCAAUCCAGUGAACGACAACAGCCUCAAGAAAAAAUUGUUCCGGUGGAAGAAAAUUGGGAAGAUGAUGAAGACAAUGCCAACAACUCCGUCCAGCCUUCAGAUGUAUCGGCACCACAAGAUACCCCAGCAAACAACUGGGAUUGUAACAACGCACCCACUAAUAACCCUGCCUCAGAGAAUUUUGAAGAAACUCAAGAACAAAUAUAUCAGGAAGGAGCCGAUCAAAAUAUGGAAAUCUCGAAUAAUUCUAGAUUCAGUGAGGAAAAUUUUGAAUCCAAUGAAAAUAGUAAUGGGCCGAAAGAAUUGGCUGGUAAUGAGAAUGAAAGAAAUUGGAACGAAGAAGACAAUUCUGAGCAGCAAGUUCAUGAAGAGCCACCCGAAGAUUCUUAUAAUGAUCAUAAUAGCCCAAUUUCUCACGACAAGGGGGAAAAUAUCGAGGAAUUUGACAACUCAAAAGACGAUAUCACUAAUUAUGAUUCAGUAAAUGACAACAAUUCUUCCUCUUUAUAUCAACAAGAAACUGAGGAUUCGCCCUCUCAGUACCACCAUCAAACUCAACAACCACACGACGAAAAUUCUUCCAGUUUUCAAAAUCAAAACAACGAAUAUAACAGUAGGGACGAAUACAUUCAACAAGAAUCGUUUUCUCCUCCUCCUCCAACGGAUUAUCAUAGUAAUAGUAAUUUUCAUUCGUCCUCAAAUGGUCCAGAUAAUGAAGAAUCAAAUGACAACAAUGACCACGGUCGUGAAAAUCAAGAAGGGCGAGUUUAUUCUCCCCACACUGCCCCUGAAGUAGAAGAUGAUGAAAGUAACGUUAGUGAACAGUAUCGUCACAAUAAUGGCAGUGGUCACGAUAACGAUAGGGGAAGGGACGACAUAUUUAUUAAUAAUUCCUCUUCGCCAAACUACGGUGGUGACGAGUCUUGUAGUGGUGGCCAAAAUCUUCAAAGUGUUGCUUGUGAAGAUGAUGAUGACAACAGGUGUAUACCUUCUUCCAAACAUAAUAUCGAAAUCGACCAACCAAUUUCCUUUCCUAUUCAUAAUAAACAUUCUUCUUCUUCACCCGGUUUACAUUCGCAACAAGUUCAAGAAGAAGACACCAACAGCCAAGAAAACUUUGUAGAAAAUCACAACGAAAUUAUAGGAAUGACGGAAACGGGUGAAAAUGGAUCUUCUUGAACCCACGAGUUAAUUAACAAAGUUUAUUAAUAUGAACUAGAGUUUAGGUUAAUUAGUUCGUAUACAAGUUAGUAACUAUACGAAAAAAUUCAGACUAGCGUAGUGUUUUUUAGUGUAGAUUAUCGUAAACGCUGCUAUUAUUCUUCUGUCUGCGUUUAUAAAGUCAACUGAACUCAUUUAAUUAUCACAACUGUAACUUAUUAUUUAACUGUUAUUAUUAUGUUUAUUUAAUUGUUGUUGACUUUUUUUGUGCAUUUCGUUUCGUUUUUAUAUAAGUUGAAGGACUGAUUUGAUAUGAAUAUUGUGACAAUUUUAGAAACCUGGUCAGUUAUAAUAAUUUUGGGUGAAUGAUGCGAAACUACUUAUUACUCAAACUCAGUGACAAUUAUUAUUAUUAUUCUAUAUUAUGUACUGCACAGGAAGGGGUAAAGUAGUUAAAUAUUGUUAAUGUGACUGACUUUUGCUGACAUAUUUAAACUAAUUUAAUUUUCAAAUGAGAUAUGCAAGUCAUAAUCUUAUUACCAAGUUAUAAAGUGAACCAACCAGCCAAUAUCUAUCGAGGAGUCUGUUUUUACCAAAAAUGCGCCAUGCAAUAAAUGGAUAUUUUUACCAUUUUACUAAGAAAACCAAGUCCCUGUCCUGUAUUACAUACAUAUAUUUGUAAUUAUUGUAUAUUUCCUCUCGCUCCUCUCUUGGUAAAUGAAUGAUUUGGUACACAAGAAAUCAAAUACAUUUAGCAAUUCCAUCCAAAACACGCAUAAAAUGGAACUUCAGCUCCUCGACGACUUCUAUCUCUCCUCAGCAACCCCAACUUCCUACAAUUCGUAUUAAGACGGACAAUUUGACGACGACUGUGACACAAGUGAAAGUAAAAGCGCCGUUGCUCCCCCUCAAAUUGAGGAGGCGAGUGACAAGGUAAACUUUUAGCUUGUAGGUUAAGCUAUAAGGUUCAAAAACCCAAACCAAUUCGGAAUUCAUUUUGGAACAAGAAUACUAACCAUUCAAUCACUGGAAAAGUUUUACAUCAUUGCAAUCGCAGAACUAUUGCGUACAUCAAUAUUGAGCUUGCACUAUAACGUCGUUCGUAAAUAUGUAAAUCUGUGUUUUAAUCUAUAUUAUGCGUUAUGCCCGACAUCAUCACAACAAGAUUUUUGGACCUGGAUCAUCAAAAUGCAUCAAUUUCAACAGUUUCAUGACCUCAGAAACGUACAUCCGCGUGGAAUAAGUGGGCCACAAAAAAUGCCCACUUUCUCAUUACUCUGCACUUGCUGGCAAUGAUGAAUUUGAAACUUUUUUGACAUUGAGAUAUCAAUCCUUGGAGGAAAUAUUUGUGACUCUGUAUAAAAAACAACGUUUCGUUUAGCGAGUAGAUUUAGUAAUUGUUUUAGCUUUUAUUGAUAAUAUUUAGAAAUAAUUAUUGCGUAAUGGGCAGAUUUAUCUGAAUGCAUAUGUCAUUUGUAGUAGAAGGUUAAUACACAAUUUCCAUCUAGAUUAAGUCGGUUAGUUUAGCGAGGUUGUCCCGCAUAUCCUUCAAUUAUUGUCCAAUACUACUUACAUUACACAUAUUCUGUACCAUGAUUAAUGAUUUUCACCAAUUUCUUACUGUAAGUCUUGAUAAUGGUACGAAAGAAAUAAAGUCUCGAACAAAAAUAA